GGAGGAGGAGGUGCAGGGGGCUCUCGGCCCCCCAUGCCGAUCCCCGCCGCGGGGCCCUGGGCCCCGUGAGCGAGCCAUGGGCCAGAAGGGCAGCGCGGCUACUGGCAAGGAGGCCAAUCGCCAGGUGAUCGAGCGCACGAUUGCCCGCCUGGACACGUCCGAGGCCCGCUCGCAGGGGGGGCCCUCCAGCCGAGGGGGGUGUCGGAGAUCGGGUAGCUGCUAUCGAGGGUUCAGGCGCUGCGUCGUCGGGCGGCGCGACAGUGGGCUCGCUGGCCAAGACGCCCGGGCCGAUCUCGAUGGAAACGCCGGAAAAGAGAGCGGCGCCCAGCACCCCAGAGGCGUCGGAGCUGGCCAGCAAGCGGAUGCGGUUCAAGGUUCAGCUGCCGCAGCAGGCGUUCAUGGAGCAGUUGGAUGAUUAUCAAGCAUUCGCUCCCAUGGGUCGCGGGGCGGAGCUUCUCCAGCGUUUACAUCUACGGAGCAAGGGCGAGAAGCGCAUUCUGCUACUUGGUUUGGACGCUGCCGGCAAGACUACCGUGCUCCAGAAGCUCGCCCAGUGCUCCGAGCAGUCGCCGACGGCGUCGCAGAGCGUUGUGUUCAACGUGGAGACCGUCGCGCACAGGGGCAGGAGUCUGUCCAUGUGGGACGUCGGGUUCGCGGGCCGUGACAAGAUCCGGCCGUUGCUGCUCCCAUUCUACAAAGGAGUCUGUGGCAUAAUCUUCGUCGUGGAUAGCAGCAGCGUCGACCGCGUGGUGCCUGCGAGGGGGGAGCUUGAGAAAAUCCUGGAGGUCGAUGACAUCCGAGAUUCUCCUUUGCUCAUCUUCGCCAACAAGCAGGACAUGCCCUGCUCAUUGACAUCGGCGGAGGUGACUUAUGCGCUUGGGUUGAAGAGCUUGAACAGGCAGUGGCGCGUCCAGCCAGCGAGCGCCAAGCUGGGCACUGGCCUCCAUGACGGGCUGGAUUGGCUGACCUCCUUGGUGUUCUCGAAGGGCUUCCCAGUCAGCCUGCCGAAGUUCCCGCGCUCGGGGCAUCCGCCGCCGGACGGCGCCCCGACGGACAGCUGCGAUCCGUGCGCCGCGCCGUCGCCGGCCCGCUGGCGGAGGGCCCCAGGCACCCCACGCGCCCCGCAGCAUUGCCUGGCGGGCUGGAGGAGCCCGAAGAGUGGGAGCCGCUAUGUAGGCUUGGACUGACCGCCCCCCCCCCCUUGGUUUCCCCAGACAGAAAGCUCGGGGGCAACUCCCCCCCUGUCUUUGCCCCUCAAAGGCGCGAACACACUCGCACUCCCGCGGGUGACCUGCGCGCGCUGGGCCUCGGCUGCGCCUUCGCCCCCCCCCCCGCGGCGAAGAGCCAUGCGGAAGGCCCUCGCGGCGAGAGCCAGAGGCCCGCGGCGGAGAGGGGGCCCCAGUGCUCGGCGCGCCGGGCUCGGGGGCACGGCCCCAUCCCGCCGUCUCUGGGGUGGUGAGCCUCGUGGGUAAUUAAGUGUAAUCUUCCGGCCGUCCGAGGGACAGGCCACGCGGCGAUCCUGCAAAUGCAGAGGUCUGUUUUUCUGAAGCGGCUGUCGCACAGGGUAGCAGCCCUUCGAUGCUAAAGUCUGAGGAGCGACUGUUCUUCGCAUUUGCAUGCUGUAGGUAAUUAAGCCUCCCUUCAGGCCAGACCGUUUCCAGAAUGGUCCUGGAAGGAAUAAUGUAUUGUGUCGGGAGUGAUAAUGAAUUUUGGGCCGCGCAGCUGGGAUGCUGAGUGUGGCAGCCAGGCGUCUCGAUGACGUCCAGCCGAUCAAUUUCGAACAUCAGGGUGAACUCCCUGCCCGCUUGUUUGCGGACCAGCUUAAUGCUUGUUUUUAUGGCGAGGUCAGCUCUCUGCACCCCCGAGCAUAGCCGCUCGGUUUUUCGUUACGGUUGCGAAAGUGACGCAUGUGAUUUUUGAGGAGUUGAGUGCCCGAGGAGUCCGAGCUCGUUCGCGGCCAAAAAUCCGGGGGUCAGCAUGAUCCAGAAGAGUCCGAGGCCACGGCCUCACCCAUUUGGACUCAGCCAGGCCAGGACUCUUGUCUGCAGUGGUGGUUCACUUGCGUUUCCAGGUGCUCGCCUGGCGCCCAUAGCCGCGUCGUGGCCGCCCCUUUCUGGCAAAUCAGACAGACUCCGGCGCAGAAUCUCAGAAUUGGCGCCUUCGCUCGGGACAUCGCCACAUAGUUGGCCCAGAGACGUUUCUUGCGUCGUUUCUUCCGAAUCUGACAGACUCCAGAAAGUGGUCCCAAACCAGCGC